AUGUCAGGAAAACGCAAACGUGACGAUGAGUAUUCAACGAAUACAAAUACCGUCAAAUCCAUCAAGCGUGUCAGGGCUAUGACUGCACAGCAAAAGGAAAUCCACGACGCCAAGGAAAGAGUUAGGGUUGGAGUCCGAAGGUGCCUCAAAAAGCUACGAAGCACGACAGAAUGGGUUAAUUCCACCGCCCCUGCCCGAGAGCUCCUCGAGAAGAAUGCGAGAGAGGGAGUUCACAAGAAAUACCGUGAAUUUGGAACGCACCCAGAUCAAAUUGCCCAGAACCACGGGAUCAUCACAGCAGAGCAAGAUGAUGACGGCGAAACCAUUUCGGACACUAAAGAAGACGUCGAGCAGGGGGAGGCUCCCCGCUUACGCUUGCAAGUUGACUCAUCCAGACCACACCUACCAGCCAUCAACCCUGUCCUCUCACCUUUCGUCUUGGGCACUGGCUCCCUUGAGUAUCUCUCAUCACAAUUUCAACCUGAGCACGCACGCCAAUUGCCAAACAGCAUGAAGACACUAGGAUUUCUCGGCGGCAUGAGCUACCACUCGACGGCGCUCUACUACACCUCAAUCAACGGCCACAUUCAGCGGGCGCUCGGGGGCGCAUCCUCAGCGCCCAUGAUAAUGCACUCGUUCAACCACGCAGAGACUUCCGCCCUAUUUACCGCUGGAGACUGGGAUGCGGCCGCGGACAAAUUUAUCACGGCUUCAAAGCAACUCAAGGCGGCGGGAGCGCAGGGCCUCGCCAUCGGCUGCAACAUCGGACACAAGGUUGCCGGGCGGGUUGAAGCUGAGGGAGGCUUGCCCUUGCUACACAUCGCCGACGCUGCGGCCGCUGAGAUCAAGCGGAGGGGCCUCUCGAAAAUAGGUCUGCUGGCGACCAGUACAGUCAUGGAGGACGACUUCAUCAAGGGGCGCCUGAGCGAGAAGGCUGGCGUGGAAGUGUUGAUCCCGGACCGAGAGGCUCGGCUCGCGAUGGACAAGGCGAUUUUUGAGGAACUCGGUGCUGGGAUCUUCCGAGAUGAGACAAGGGCGAAGACUGCCGCUCUGGUUGACAGGCUGAUCGAGAACGGGGCCGAAGUGAUAGUGCUGGCCUGCACCGAGUUGCAGUUCAUCUUGAAGGCUGAGGAUGUCACGGUCCCUCUGCUUGAUACCAUGGAAUUGCAUGCUAAGGGAAUAGCAGACUGGGUGUUAGCUGGCUGAGGUGUCCGAGUGUUGCCGGUCAUCAGUACCUAAGUAGGGAAGUGCAAACCCGCCAGAUAGCGUUGAGUUUACCAAUCCUAAGUCACUUGUCGGGUGAAUGGAGACAAUUAAA